CUGGACCAACUGGAUCAAAAUCGCGGCUCUGUCUUUCUGGCCACCCCAAGAGAUUACUUCUUCACAGUAUAAUUAGUAGGUGUCAAUAGAGUAAUCAUGUUUAUCAGACCCAUAUCUACACGACCCAUGAUUUCUACUGCUUUGUGUCUAGAAGUAGACCUCCUGCUCACUCAGUUGAAAAAUCUUGACCAUACAAGAUACAAGAUAAUCAAACUAUUGGCCCCUUGUAAGUACUUGAAUUCAAAAAAGCCAAAGUGUCACGCUUCUUUCAAACAUUUAGGCCGACUCUACCUGCGCAGUGUUAUGCGUGGGGGGCAUUGACUAUUCAUUUUUAUCUACCAUAUAAAGCGAAAGCGAUGCGGCGUCUUCCUGAAGGAGAUAUCUCCUCGAGGACCUUACUUGGGAGUUCUUAGUCACCGCGUUGGCGUCGUUACUAGUUUUUGCAUGACCGCUCGAGACUCAUGCCGUAUCAUUAACAUGCCGAGUACGAGAAUAAGUUUAUUCGACUCGCCGGGAUGAGAAUCGUACUAGGUCGCUUCCUUUUAUCUUCGAAAUUGUUCCUUUGCUGAACUUUUUCUCAACUGGGACAACAACGAGAUCUCGUCACUCCAACAUUUCUUGAUCCAUUGAGUGGCUGAAUAUACAGCAGCACGACCAGUCUCUCAUUAAUAUUUUAUUUAUAAAAACUGUUUUUAUUUGAAUUUGUGAAUACUACCCCGUGCUGUCAGGUAUACUUCUGAACGAGGACACAACCCUUCCUGACGUCGAUGCACGAGCUCGACGUAAAAUAAGUGCAUAGUUGUAUUACAGACAACUAGUACGAGAACCAGUGCUGUACUCCAACCGAAGCAGCAGACGUCGCAAUGAAGCAGCGAUACAAAUCUCAGUCUCUUCGGCGAAAGGCAUUUGCCUUAUCUGGAGUGAUUCAUGUUGCGGACGGAUUGCAUUAAGGAAAAAAGAACAGCUUUUGACCAUAACUUCUGUUUUUGGAAGACGAUGAUCAUGAUGAUGCUUAUUGUGGAGAAAGUAGUCGAGAAUACUACCUACGAAUACAACACAGCUUUUCUCUCAAUAACAAUAAAAGGAGCAGGUUCACUGAGAUCUUGGCCAGGCUGAAGACGGUAAGAAAAUAGAACUGAUUCUAAUAUCAGCGCGAAAGGAAAGAUGCGGAUCACGACCCAAAUCUUCGAGGUGCUGCAUAUCAAUAUCAUGACCGGACUAAUAAUUCUCUUUCUCCGCAAGGGAAACGGUCCAACUCUCCAGGGGGAAUCAGCUCGCCGAUGCGUGCAGUCGCUCGGGAGUAAGGAUUACACUUCUACUCACUGAAUUAUCUUAAAGUAUACUAACUUCGCAGCUACAUUAAAUCUAGCAGAAUAUAGCGCCUUCUAAUGCUACACCGAGAUGUCUACCACUAAGGCUGCCUCUAGUCCAUCUUUACAUGGAUCCGUCAACCGAAUACAGGGAUAUUCUUGAGGGAUCCCGACAGGGGCGAACUAGCGGCAGCGACAAUACUAGAUAGAAGAGUAGUUUUGUCUAAAAAUGGUGCCGGUACGUGCCAUCAUACAUUUUCUUCUGAAAUACAGUUACGAUAACUCAUAAUUUCUGAUAAUCUUGAAGCUCGAAGUGAAAAGUCAUGUUAGCUUAGUCUUGAUUUUCAAAUUCAAUUCCUCCUAGGAAGCCGAGACUUCGAGGAAGUGCAGCAUCCUUGGCGACCGCUGAUGUGAGUUUAAGAAUUUGUGCCGUUUGAUGUUAUUCCAGUUUCCCUCUUUUUUAACUCCUCUUGAUAUCUCCUCGGGACUAAGUAGUUACUAGUACUACAUGAGUCGAGUAGCAUGCCGAUGCCUGGCACUUUAUUUUCCGAAUGUACUGUGCCACACUAGUCUAUCUAUGGUGCGUCAAUCUGUCACCCAGUCAAUGGUUUCUAUUGUCUUCUGAGUGAUAGCAACUACGUGACUUCCUAUCAGAAGAAGGAAAGAAGUCAUUGAACUUGAAGAGUAAUUCUCUGAAGACGCAUCGGUGGAAUGAGUCUUCUCGUAAUGCUAACCCAAGCCUCUUCUAAUCAGAGACGCCUAUGCUGAUCCUGAUGAAACAUGUUUUUUGGAGUUCGGUGAUUCCUCUUCCUGUGGCCGUAAUUCAGACUCGUCGCAGGGGCUCAAAACGGCGGAAGAUGGUUUGAUGCAAGAACAAUCUUCGACCUCUACAACAGGGAGGGCGCCAGGUUUAUGGUCAGCGUUUCUCCAUCUCUCUCAGAAUCUCGCUACCCUUUUCCCAUAAAAUUCCAAGGGAAAGGUGCUGAGAUAGGGGGAUCGAGAUGAAUGAAAUCCGACGCUAACUACAGGCGACAACGCCAAUGCAGCGGAGGACGCAGAAAAUCAAGACCAGGCAGCCCCACCUGCCGCGGGCCUUGUUUCCUCUCCAGGAGAGGCAAAAGUGGAAACGAAGGCAGGCGAGGGGCAUGUCGCUGCGAGUGCAGUUGCAACGUCGGCGGAAAAGGGAGCAAGGCUGGCAGCAGCACCAGCCGCGAGUGCUUCGCCCUCCUCUACAACACCUUCAGAAGAGGCGACAUUAAAUUCAAAACAGCAAGAUCAGGGGGAACAGCAGGAGGCAGGAGGUACUCCCAUUGCCUUCAGUAAUGCGCGUUAAGGUAUUCAUGUUUAACAGCUGAUAACUACGGACUUAACGCAGCACGACGUAUUAGAAAAUGACUUAUUUACUUCUAGACAGAUUUCUUGAUCUACUUUCUGAAUUUUUCUCCACCUUCAUAUAAUUUACUGCGACUUCCUAUUUCCACAGGUGUAGAUGGAACAGAUGGAAAAUUGUCGAAGCUGAAGGCGAAGGCAGACGAGGAGCGCCGGGAGGAAACCUCUAGUGCUGGGGUUGCACGAGGUGACAUCGCGGAAGCAGGUGAUAGAGAGCAGGUUAACAGCCAAGUAGAGCAGCUUCAUCUUGAACGCGACCCAGCAUCAGGAAGUGCAAGUGAGACUACAUCUGCACAAGGUGGGGCUCAGGAGGUGGAGGGACAGCAGGAGGCGGGAGGUACUACGAUUCCCUUCGGCAAUCCGCAAGAGAAAGCUGUAGACUCAUGUGCGAUGAUCUCGAGAAGAUGAGUAGUUAUUUACUUGUUACUUGUGAUAAACUUUCUAAUUCCCCGCCUUCAUCUUGAUCUCAGGCAAGGCCUUGGCUGCAUCCUCAUCCGUGGGCUCUGGUAGUGGUACUUCUGCACAGGAUGAACAGUUGGCCGCGACACGACUACAACACGAGGGUGAGGGUCAAACAACUGCCGCAGAGGACUGCACUUGGCCUACGGCAUCUGCUCCGAAAGUCGCUGGAACCAUGGGGGUUUCGUGGCCUGGUUUUGCGCGCGAUCCUGCUUGGUUCGGCUGGUACACCAAGUUCAGGAAUUGCGAGGCGCUACCAGAGAGCCUUCCAGCAAAGCGUCAGGUUUUUCCGAUCGACCACAGCAAGCUCAAAUGUGUACCGAGAAAAACAUCGGAUGGCUGGAAGGACGUCGCUUGCAAACUCGAUUGGCCCGCUGAAGGAAGUGACCGCGAGAGCAAACCCUAUAUGCUGUGGGACAUCGGAAGUUUUGCGAUUUGCACACCACGGGGCGAAAUCGUAGAACAGGUCUGGGUGGACAAGCAGCCCAGCAGCUGUGACGAAAUGACAAUGGCAUGGCUUUCCCAGCAUGCCGUUCGCAAAUGGGGCGAGCCUUUCGGGCUGCAGGAGACGACUUCCGAAGGAGCCGAGCCACUUUGGCGGACUGAAAAGAGCGACAAGACCCCGUCCGUGCGGCUUCGAUAUUCGUGGGAAGGUUUCCAUCGCUUUUCGAACGACGAAACCUGGGAGAAGGCGUUACAGGUUUACAGCAAGGAGAACUACAAAUGCUGCGAACCAGCACCAGCCGCGGUUGCCCCCUGAACUGUUCUGGAGCAAAGUUUUGAUCCCCAUAGAUUUGUUACAUUCAAACAAAAACACGUCGGACGACAGUUACACCAUGAACCAUAGGGUUACUAGGAGUAGUAUCUCAUAGUAUUCUACAGUGAAACAAAAACACCCUGGUAUAUUUUCACAAAAAUCAAAUAAGAUCAGACGAGAGAACUAAUGGGGUACUAAAUCAAUUCACACAUGACCAAGCACAAGAACAAGAUGACGUUUUGAAUGUUGAAAACAACACCGCAAAAUCACUGAUCAUCAUAAUCAUUUGUAGUAUUUAUCGUGCUCAACAGUGCACACGGAUGAGGCAAUGGAUGAGGUGGAGACCUGGAUGUGAAAUCGUG